UGCAAUUGCAGAACAAGUUCAUCGAGAUGAAGCAAUCAGUAGUAUUGGUCCUUGCAUUGGCUCUUGGUUGCCAAGCAGCUACUUUGUACCUGCCCAACCCCGCAUUUAUUUCUGGUGUACCAAAUCCCAAUGCCAAGCCCUCAAUUCUCCCCGGCGUAAUAAACCCAAACUCUGACGACGGAUUCAUUUCUGGAGUACCAAACCCCAACUCCAAGCCCUCAAUUCUUCCCGGUGUAAUAAACCCAAAUACUGACGAGGGAUGGGUUUCUGGAGUGCCAAACCCCAGUGCCAACAAGCCAUCCAUCCUCCCUGGUGUACCAAACCCAAAUGGUGACGCCGCCGAAGAAAGCAAACCAAUCUUGCCAGGAGUCCCAAGCAAUGGUUGCCAGGCCGCUUCCGAAGAGAAACCAGCCAUCCUCCCAGGAGUACCAAACCCAAAUGCUGAUGCCGAAGCACCCAGCAAACCGUCCAUCCUCCCAGGAGUACCAAACCCAAACGCUGAUGCCGAAGCACCCAGCAAACCAUCCAUCCUUCCAGGAGUACCAAACCCAAAUGCUGACGCCGAAGCACCCAGCAAACCGUCCAUCCUCCCAGGAGUACCAAACCCAAACGCUGACGCCGAAGCACCCAGCAAACCAUCCAUCCUCCCAGGAGUACCAAACCCAAACGCUGACGCAGAAGCACCCAGCAAACCAUCCAUCCUCCCAGGAGUUCCAAGCAACGGUUGCCAAGCUGCCGCCGAAGAGAAACCGGCCAUUCUUCCAGGAGUACCAAACCCCAAUGCCGACGCAGAAAGCAGCAAACCAUCCAUCCUCCCAGGAGUACCAAACCCAAAUGCCGACGUCGAAGGUGAGAGCAAACCAUCUAUCCUCCCAGGAGUUCCAAACCCAAAUGCUGGUGCCGAAGAAGAGAGCAGGCCAAUUUUGCCAGGAGUUCCAAGCAACGGUUGCCAAGCUGCCGAAGACAAACCAGCCAUCCUUCCUGGUGUACCAAACCCCAAACCUUCCAUUCUGCCCGGUGUACCAAACCCAAAUGCCAACGCAGGAAACACUAAACCAGCCAUUCUUCCGGGUGUACCAAACCCAAAUGGCAACGCCGGAAACACUAAACCAGCCAUCCUUCCAGGUGUUCCAAACCCUGACAGUGGAUUUGUUUCUGGAGUACCAAACCCCAACUCUCCAACAUUUGUUUCUGGAGUCUUCUAAUUUGAAUAAUAAUUAAAAAAUGUAUAAAUCAGCAAGUCGCGAAUAAUAUAUUUUAAUUAAAUAA